AUGCAGAGGAAGCAGAAGGACAAUAGCGAACAGAAAACAGAGAGGAAAGAAAGAAUGGGGAACCGAGAUAACAGAGAGAACAGAGCGAUCAGAGAGAGGAAAGAGAACAAAGACAAUAGUGAGAAUAGAGAGACCAGCGUGAACAGAGGGAACAGAAGGAAUAGAAGGAACAGAGGAAACAGAAGAAACAGAGGGAAUGGAGAGAUCAGAGGGAACAUAAGCAACAGAGAGAACAGAGAGAGAACAACGAACAGGGAGAGCGGAGAGAAUACGGAGAGCAGAAAAAACAGAGGGACUAGAGAAAAUAGAGGGAACAGAAAGAACAGAGGGAAUAGGAAGAAGAUAAUUAAGAGAACAAACAGAGAGACCAGAAGGAACACAGAGAGGGAACAACGAAGAAGACAGAGCACUGAAAAUAGGGAUAACAGGGAGACCAGAGGUAGCAAAAAUAGCAGAGAAAAGAUAAGGAAUAGGAAAACAGGAAAUGGUAAGAAGAGAAGGAGUAGAGAUAAUAGAAAGAACAGAGGCAUUAGAAGAAGCAUAGUGAGAAGAGAGAGCAGAGGAAAUAAAAGGACUAAAAAGAACAGAAGAAAUAGAAGGAAAAGGGAGAAGAGAAGACAUCAGAAAGAGCACAAAGAACAGAGAGAAAAAUCAGAAGGGUCAGAAGGAACAGAGAAAACACAGCGAGAAGAGAGAGCAAAAAGAGCGGAGAGAAUACAAGGAGCACUAAGAGCAGACAUAGUGAAGUUGGCAGAGAGAACAGAGGGUGGAAGCAACAGAAGGAACAGAAGAAACAGAGGAAAUAGAGAGAAGAAAAGGAGUGGAACGAAGAGCGAAGACAGAGAACAGAGAGGAAAGAUCAGAAUGAUCAGAAAUGACAUAGAAAACAUAGGGAGACGAGAAAGCAGAAAGAGUGGAGAGAAUAGUGUGAACAGUAAGAGCAGAUAUAACAAAGACAGGGGAGACAAUGGAAACCACAAAGAGAACAGAAGGAACAGAGGAAAUAGAGAGAAGAGAACGAGCAGAACCAAGAGGGAUACAGAGAAGAAAGGGAAAAGAUAG